AUGAGCAGUGAAGGAGAGAAAACACGCAUCGAGUCGCUAUUGUUACAGACUAUUGAUGGUCAAGGAUCCGUAUCGGAUACGUAUGAAUUUUCUCGAUUGAAUGAUGUAUCACAUGAACUUAUUGUUGGUGUGAUGAAGUCGCUACUGGUGGAUGCAUUUGUCAUCGAGAUGGAACAUUCGACCUCGUUUUACGUACUGAAGGAUGAAGCAAAGCUCUUUUUAACCAAUGGAUCACCUGAGAUACAAGUAUUUAAUGCCAUUCCGGUGCAUGGAAUUGAUUGCAACACAUUGGAAGCAAUCGUUAGUGCUACAAUCCGUAAAGUUGGUCAAGGUGUUUGUAUGAAGAACAAAUGGAUUCGUCUUGAAAAGAAAGAUGGCAAAUUGUAUCGCAAUGUAGAUCAAGUGGAAGAUGAUAUUGUCAAGAUCUUACAGCGUCUAGAGAUAGCCAAUGGUGCAAUGUCGGCAGUAACCAAGGAUGAAGCGACGAUACUGAAGCGUCGUAAACUUGUUGACGUGCGUACGCGAAAGUCAUAUAGGCUGACGAAAGGAGCUAAUUUUGCUCUACAAAGGAAGAAGCAGGCGGCUGGUUUGACAAAGGAGAUGCUGGAUGGUGAGGCGUGGAAAAAGGAGACGUUUAAGCCCUAUAACUUCAAGACGAUGGGUUUGAAUGUUGGUGGCGGACAUUUGCAUCCGCUUAUGAAGGUGCGAGCAGAGUUUCGUCGAGUGCUGAUGGACAUGGGCUUUCAGGAGAUGCCGACGAAUCGCUACGUCGAGAGCAGCUUUUGGAACUUUGACUCAUUGUUCCAGCCGCAAUCACAUCCGGCUCGUGAUGCGCAUGACACGUUUUUCCUCACGCAGCCUAAACACUGUUUGACGGUACCGGAGGACUACUACCAACGUGUCCAGGAUAUGCACGAGAACGGCGGAUUUGGCUCUAUUGGCCAUGGUCGUGGCGCCUUUACGCGUGAGACGUCAAUGACGAACAUCCUGCGGACACACACGACGGCCAUUUCGGCGCAGAUGCUGUACAAGCUGGCGAACCAGCCGGGUGGUUUCACGCCACAAAAGUAUUUUUCCAUCGACCGUGUGUUCCGGAACGAAAAUAUGGACGCGACUCAUUUGGCCGAGUUUCACCAGGUUGAGGGUGUCGUAGCAGACUAUGACCUUUCGUUGGGUGACCUCAUUGGUGUCAUCAAGGCCUUUUUUCUGAAGAUUGGCAUUACGCAGAUGCGCUUCAAGCCAGCAUACAAUCCCUACACGGAACCUAGCAUGGAGAUCUUUGCCUUUCACUCGGACCUGAAGAAGUGGACUGAGAUUGGUAAUUCGGGCGUGUUCCGUCCAGAGAUGCUGCGUCCAAUGGGUUUACCCGAAAACGUGCGUGUGAUCGCUUGGGGUCUAUCGUUGGAGCGUCCCACGAUGAUUAAGUACCGACUCAAUAACAUUCGCGAUCUCUUUGGUCACAAGAUCGACCUUGAGCAGACCCGAUCAGCCAAGCUUUACCGCUACUAG